UAUGCGAGUAGUUUUAAAGACAGUUUUUAAAACAAAAAUAUAUUUUUAAUUUCCUAAAACUCAACUACAUAGUUGUAUGAAUUAUUUGGUAGUUGAUCUUAAAAGAAUUGAUGUUCUGUCAUUUUGUAUUGUUGAUCUGAAACUAUAAAUUACUGCUGCUGUUAUUUACGAAAGCGUUAAAGUAGCAGACGACAGUUUGUGUUUGUAGAGCUCUGUAAGAAAGACUGAUGGACGCGAGAAUAACCUGUCAAUUUUAUUUAUUCGUUUACUAACACAAAAAGGAUGGAAGAAGAGUUAAUAUGUAACUAUAGAAAGUGUCGUAAACGACUUACUUCCUUUGCUUGGGUUACUUCGUGUUCUCACAUAUUCUGUGAUGCAGACGGAACCAGAGAGUUUAAGAAUUCCCUUGUCUGCCCAGCGUGUGACAACACACUCACGGGAAAGCUUGACGUCAUAAGGGUAGACUUAAAACCAUCGGAGCAGUUCAAGUCAAUAGUGCUAUGUGGCAACAAGCCAGAGACGAUCAUGGAAAUAUGCACAAGGGCAUUAUCGUUUUGGAACUAUCAGUGUCACCAGGAACGAGUAUACCUUGAACACGUAUCCACCAAAGCCAAAGAAAAAGCAGCACAGCUAGAGCAGUAUUACGAGCAGGUGGUCAACCGACUACAGGCAGAACUUUCCGCGCUAAAAUCGCAAAUAACAUCUGCCAAGAAGAAACAUGAAUUUUAUGAAAACAAAUGCAAAGAAAUCAAUGCCAAACUAACAGAGAAAACUAGACAGCAUCAGAAACUCCAGGCAUUGUACGAUACACUUCGACGACGCUGUGUGACCCCAUCCACAUUUAAUGCUGGCAAAGAAGACACUGUUGACUUUAAGGAAGAACAUAGUGUCCAUAACUUUUUGAUGGUACCUUUUGCUUCGAGAGAAGCACCAGGACAGACCAAUGAUCAUGCUCCGGUGGGUCGUGGUCACCCACAGCUGGGCAAUGGCUGCCUAACAACGGGAAUGAGAAACACACCUCGUCUCUCUCCACCAGAACGGGAAUUCACAGUGCGACCGAACCACACUCCAGUCGUUGACGAUCCUCGGACUUCGAUUCUGGCAGCACGAAACUUUACAGGUCCUCAGUGACGGCCUCCCUGGUCUGACGGGCUUCACAGAUUUUACCAUGCAGCCAUUCUUGGCCAGAAUUUAUCUUCAAAUGCUCCUUGUUGAUAAAAACCUGCUUGCUGCACACUU